AUGGCGAACGUCAUGCUCAACUACGGCGCCAUCGCUUUAGCAUUCUGGAACCAUCCAGACAGUAAGUGUUUGCUGCCGUGCGUUCAGAAGCGCUGGGCCGAUUGCGAGCAGCCUCUGUUCGUGAUGUGCCUUUUGUUGCAUCCCAAGUACAACGGCGUAUUCCAGCAGCUGCCGGAGACGGACCUGACGUCAAUGGGACAACUGGGCAAAUUCGCCACCAUGUACUAUAAGCGGUUUAUCGACGACGAUGUUGGAGAUCUUCGUCUCGAUGUCAUGCGGUGGCAUCAAAAGGGUCUGUCGUAA